CGACAAAACUCACCGCAGAAAGCAACAGAAGACAAUUUCGUGACACAACCACACAUCAUCUCCAGCUGUCUUUUUCCGUGAAUUCCAAAAAAUCCCCUCCUUUUCAAAUCCUAUAUAAUUUCGCCAAAAGCCAAAAAAAAAAAGAGUUCAAUUCCUUUCUCUGAUUCAAACCCUCAAAACAACACCACAAAUCCAUGGGGAAGCUUAACUCUUUCAAGGACCAGUACUCCAUUGAUGAACGUAUUGAAGACUCAAAAAAUAUCAUUUCGAAAUACCCUGACCGAGUCCCUAUAAUCAUUGAAAGAUACUCAAGGACAGACCUGCCUGAAAUGGAAAAGAAAAAAUUCCUGGUUCCUCGAGACAUGUCUGUUGGGCAAUUUAUCCACAUCUUGAGUAGCAGACUACAUUUGACCCCAGGAAAAGCUCUGUUUGUUUUUAUCAAAAACACAUUGCCUCAAACAGCCAGUCUUAUGGACUCCAUAUACGAAUCUUACAAGGAUGAUGACGGGUUUUUGUAUAUGUGUUACAGCAGUGAGAAAACCUUUGGCUAAUAUAUUCCGUAAUUCCUCAAUAAUGUACAUGUCUAUUCUUCGUUCUUGUAAGUACUUGUGAUCCACUGAUUCCAAAACAUGAACAUGCCCAUGUGGCUUGACGCAAUAAUUUCAUUUGUAAAGAACAUGUAUUUUAUAAUGCCUCUAAUAAAAUUGACUGUUUAUAAAGAGUAAA